AUGAAUGGACGGUCUUUGAUUGGCGCUGCUGAUGACGCCUAUCCUGGUCCUCUUUGGAGGGGCCCUUUUGGAAAAAAAGCUGGUGAGGCAGCACACAGAGGCUUCCCCUGGCUAAACUUGGCCCUGAUCCAGGGGCCGGCAGAACAGGAGCCAGAAGGGACAUCCAUGGAUGACAACCCCACUGCAGUCAAACUGGACCAGGGUGGAAAUCAGGCUCCACAAGGUCAAGGCAGAAGACGCCUCCCCAAGGCACUUGGCUAUAUCACUGGUGACAUGAAAGAAUUUGCCAACUGGCUUAAAGACAAACCCCAGGCUCUCCAGUUCGUUGACUGGGUUCUUCGGGGGAUAUCCCAAGUGGUGUUUGUCAGCAACCCCAUCAGUGGAAUCCUGAUUCUGGUGGGACUCCUGGUCCAGAAUCCCUGGUGUGCUCUCAAUGGCUGUGUGGGAACAGUGGUCUCCACCCUGACGGCCCUGUUACUCAAUCAGGACAGGUCCGCCAUCACAGCAGGGCUCCAGGGCUACAACGCCACCCUGGUGGGGAUCCUCAUGGCGAUCUAUUCAGACAAGGGAAAUUAUUUCUGGUGGCUGUUAUUCCCUGUAUCUGCUAUGUCCAUGACUUGUCCAAUUUUCUCAAGUGCAUUGAACUCCGUGUUGAGCAAAUGGGACCUCCCUGUCUUCACUCUGCCCUUCAAUAUGGCCUUGUCAAUGUACCUUUCUGCCACGGGACACUACAAUCCGUUUUUCCCAAGCACCUUGGUCACACCUGUCACCUCAGUUCCCAACGUCACCUGGCCUGACCUCAGUGCCCUACAGUUGCUGAAGUCCCUGCCUGUGGGUGUGGGUCAGAUAUAUGGCUGCGAUAAUCCGUGGGCAGGGGGCAUCUUCCUAGGUGCCAUCCUCCUCUCCUCCCCACUCAUGUGCCUGCACGCUGCGAUUGGGUCCUUGCUGGGGAUAAUAGCAGGACUCAGUCUUUCAGCUCCAUUUGAGAACAUCUACGCUGGACUCUGGGGUUUCAACAGCUCUCUAGCUUGCAUUGCAAUUGGAGGAAUGUUCAUGGCACUCACCUGGCAAACCCACCUCCUGGCUCUUGCCUGUGCCCUGUUCACUGCCUACCUGGGAGCCAGCAUGUCACACGUGAUGGCUGUGGUCGGAUUGCCAUCUUGUACCUGGCCCUUCUGUUUAGCCACCCUACUGUUCCUCCUGCUGACCACAAAAAACCCCAACAUCUACAAGAUGCCCAUCAGUAAAGUCACUUAUCCUGAAGAAAACCGCAUCUUCUACCUACAGUCCAUGAAAAGGACGGUUCAAGGCCCUUUGUGA